AUGUUCUCUGCUUCUCGGUCUUCUUUGAACGUCCUCAGGACAAAGGUCGGUCAAUCCACAUACAUCUCCACGGCCCGCAUGAUCUCUGGCCAGAGACUCAGAUACUCUAUUAGCACCAAGACGACUACCGCCCUUUGCUCAAAGGCCAUCCGUCACCAAACCGUCUAUGGCGCCAACCGUGUCCAGCGUUUCCACGCCUCCGCCAUGGCCAACGCCAAGGUCCCCUUCCUCUUGGCCGAUAUCGGAGAGGGUAUCACCGAGUGCGAGGUCAUCCAAUGGUUUGUGAAGACGGGCGACAAGGUCGAAGAGUUUGACAGACUGUGCGAGGUUCAGUCGGACAAGGCUUCAGUGGAGAUUACUUCCCGCUUCACAGGAACGAUCGCCACGCUCAAGUACAAGGUCGGAGAUAUGGCCAAGGUCGGAUCACCCCUUGUGGAGAUCGAGACUGGCGAUGCUGUUGGUUCUGAGGAGCCUGUCGUCGCUGCUCCGGAUGCUGCCUCUGCCUCGACCCCCGUUCCCGAGGACGGCUUGACGGGACGCUCGCAUGUUGUUCAGGACAUGAACGCCGUUGCUGCCAUGAUGGAUAACGCCGCUGAUGCUGGUGGAAAGCCCGAGGUCCCCACUGCCGAUCACAUCUUGACCUUCGCCACCCCUGCUGUCCGUCGUGUUGCCAAGGAGAACAAUGUUGACAUUGCCAACAUCAAGGGAUCUGGAAAGGGUGGUCGUGUCAUGAAGGAGGACGUCGUGUCCUACCUCGCCAACGGCAGACAGGCCACUGCUACUCCCAAAGCUCCUGCUGCUGCCACACCUACCUCUGCCAAGGCCUCGAUCCCUAGAGGCGAGGACAAGGUUGUUCCAUUGUCGAUGAUCCAGAAGGCCAUGUUCAAGCAGAUGACAAAGUCGUUGUCGAUCCCCCACUUUGGAUUCGCCGACGAGAUUGUCCUCGACAACGCGACUGCCUUCCGCUCGGCCUUGAACGUCCAUGUUGCCAAGACGCCCGAGAAGUACAACUUUAAGAAGGUGUCGUACAUGCCCAUCUUUAUCAAGGCCCUCUCGCUUGCUCUGGAGGACUACCCCAUCCUGAACGCCUGUGUGGUUGAUGGUGAGGAGGCUUCGUCCGCAAAGCUCAAGUACCGUGCGUCGCACAACAUUGGCGUUGCCAUGGAUACCCCCAACGGACUGUUGGUGCCUAACAUCAAGAACGUUCAGAACUUGUCUGUGCUCGAGAUUGCAUCUGAGCUUGCCAGGUUACAGGAGGCAGGAAAGAAGAAUGCGAUCCCUCUGGCUGACUUGAAGGACGGCACGUUGUCGUUGUCGAAUGUUGGCAUGAUUGGUGGCACAUACUUGAACCCUGUUGUUGUUACAUCCGAGGUUGCGAUUGCUGCUGUUGGCAAGAUGCAGCGUCUGCCCCGGUUCAAGAUGGUGGAGGAGAACGGCAAGAUGGUUGAGCGUGUUGUUGCACAGUCGAUUGUCAAUGUCAGCUGGAGCGCUGAUCACCGUGUGGUUGACGGAGCGACGGUCGCCCGCUUCAGCGAGGCUUGGAAGUCUGUUGUUGAGAACCCCUUCUUGCUUGGCGGCAUGCUCCGUUAA